AUGAAUCCCAAGGUGGACAAUAAGAUUCUCAAAUAACUUCUUCCACAGCCGAAGUCGAAGAUCUCGGCUUCCCGCAAGCUCUCCCUCAAAAUCCUGCUCCUCACCAGAGCGUGUGAGGAUUUGGAAAAGGAAAACCAAGACCGUGAAGAGGAAAAGGAGCGUUACUUGGCAGAAAAGCUUCCCCCCUUGCAGCUAUCUAGCAUGUCAAUGGACGAGCUACAGAAUAUAUGCAAGCAGCUCCAUGCAAAAAUUGGCGUUGUGGAUGAAGAGAGAUACGACUGUGAAGCCAAGGUGGAUAAACACAACAAAGAUAUCCGUGAGCUGAAGCUGAAGGUACAGGACCUUGGGGGCAAGUUCAAAAAGCCUGCCUUGCGGAAGGUGAGGGUGUCAGCAGAUGAGAUGAUGAGAGCUCUCCUGGGCUCCAAACACAAGGGCUCAAUGGACCUGAGGGCCAAUCUCAAGUCUGUGAAGAAAGAGGACGUCAAACAAGACAAGGUACAUAACUCUGAAGUGGGAGACUGGCGUAAGAACGUGGAGGCCAUGUCAGGCAUGGAAGGCCGCAAGAAGAUGUUUGACGCAGCCGGUGGCGGACAGUAAGACGCUGUCGUUGGGACCAGCACAGCGAAGAAAAACAGAAGGAUGAGGAGGUCGCUUGGACAGAAAUGAGGAUAGAAAACAAAAUCUCUUCAGGCCAAACGGCUUGAAACAAUUUAACGCGGUACUAAUGCAUAGAGUUUAAGUUUACGCGUGUAGCUCAGCAGCAUGUUUAACUCGAGAGACAUCAGGAGCGCCUUCGUUCUCUGUGCACUGCAUGAAACUCACUUCAAGAAAA